AUGAUCCUACUCGGAAUGGCCGAAUGGCUCUCUACCACGAUAUGGCGUAUUAAAAAAUCUAGAAAUACUGUUCCCGUACUCAAAGGAUCAUUGGCCUACGUACUCUUUUUCAUAUUGUUUUUCCUCAAGCCAUUUCAGAACCUUUUUUCAAUCCCAUCAGCCGGUAGCAGCGCCGUCUUGAUCACUAUUCUAGGCUUUCCCGGUUGGUCAGUCGACGCAUGCUUGCACUCGCUCUUCCGUGGUAUGCUCGGAGCCGCAAUCGGAGGUCUCAAUUUCCUUAUCCUAGGCAAACUUGCGCCCCAUCCAGUCGCUCAAGCAGCUGUAUUUUUUAUCAUGGUGUACAUUCCUGCACUGAUUAAAACGAGAAAUCCUAGCAACCUCGUCUUCUCCUUGUACUGUAUUUGCAUGAGCUGGAAUGGAGUUUAUAGCUCAUCCUCCAGUCCUAAUCGACAAUACUCUCCUGCAUUACUAGCCAGUUUUCUGCAGACGUAUGCUUGGGGUGCUGCCAUAGUCGCCUUUGUCAACAUUUUCAUACUCCCUCAUUCGAGUGAAGCAGAACUUCGCACAACCCUGGUUCACUGUAUCGACAAUAUCCGGACUAUGGCCUUUCUGAUCAAAAAGACGUAUUGGUGCGAAAUCACAGAGGAAGAAUCCAAAGUGCGAGAUGACUUGGUCCAAUCAAUCCGAGCGGAUUGUCAUAUCUUACAGGCCAAACUCAACCGAACCUUCUUGGGACUUACUUAUUCGAAAUGGUCAGGGAAUGAAUACAAGAAAAUGGUUCAGCUCACACAAUCUAUGCAGCAAUCGUUAAUCUCCACGCACUCGAACUUGAAUCAUAUGGAACAACCAGAUGCAAGAAUUUUUAUUGAUCAAGUUAUCGCAACAGGAGCCAUGAAUUCAGAAUUGCUCCGCAAGUACUUCUAUGUGGGUCUUACGGAAGUACAGCGAGAGCUAGCCCUAGGUUCAGAAUCGGCCCCAUUCAUGCGUCAGGAGAUGGAAUUGCUGAAGGAGAUUAACACAGGAUGCCUUGCGAAGAAAAGCACACGACCAGGACUACGACCUCGCUCUGUGAAUUCUAUUGGACGCAACGGCUCCGGCGGCAAUGUGGAUACGCAGGAAGCCACCUCUCAACUCAGGGACGUUCAAAACAACAUAGCGCUCGAGAUAUCCGGGGCUGCACAAGGUGAUAUUGCCGAUGUCAUUGAAUCCACCACAUGUACGGAAGCUGGUUUGCCAAACCGUUAUUCACCAUCAAGCCAAGACCUAACGGUGUCCGCGAGUCCAUCCGGCUUGACCCGAUCUAACCAAGUCAAUUCCUCGAUUCGACGACUCUGGACUGACUUGCAAAUGCUACAGCACGAGCUCGUCGGUCAGAUGUUCAAAUCCGGAAAGGUCUAUCACCCGGAUGAGCCCCUGCUCAUAGAUUUAUUCGCCCCUCCCGCUCAACAGCAGGUUUCAUCCGGCUCACCAUACGAACGUCUGGGAGAACAACUCACGGCCUCGAACCCCAUCGCACAACAUUGUUUAUCUGCUCUCCAGCCCAUUAUUCCGAUAGGCGAUGAAACCCCGCCAGCCGAAUCACAAGACUUAUGGGCAUCACCAACGAUACCACAAAAGAUUCUGGAUUACCACCAGAAACAGUUCAGCAAAGACGAGCUACACCGCUCUCUACUUAGAACAUUUUCACAUUCGUGUAUUAUGGGCAUGUUCCUAGAGGAACUCAUUGAAUUGAGGGAGCUAGUCCUGGGUAUGCAGAGUGGUGGAUACCCACGUCGAAAAAAGUUUCACCUCAAUUUGCUGACAGGCAUUAAAGCUCGAUUUCGGUUGCAGAAACAACGAAAGCCAGAAGUGGAAAAUCAGCUUCCCUGUCAUGAUCGUGCCAAUGAAGCAAUGACUAUGCAAGAAGCGCUAGAAACUCUCAAGGGUAAACAAUAUGUGCCCAAGAAAAAAUCUCUUCUAGAACGAACUCUUCAAAUUGAAAAAUUCUUGCGAAGCCCAGAUAGCAUUUGCGCUGCUAAGGUCGCUUGUGCUGUCUCCACCCUUGCAAUGCUGUAUUGGGCCGAGUCAACCCGCGAGUUUGCGGAAACGUAUAAUCUCAACACUGCUAUCCUACCUCUCAUCUUUGCUAUCACGCCUACUCUAGGACAGAGUUGGUUAAGUUUCACUCUGCAGAUCAGUGGAGCAGGUAUAGGGUUGCUGUAUAGUAUGAUUGUUUUAGAAAUCUUCAAAAACACAGGUGGUUAUAAGUACAAUCCGUAUGGCAUAAUUUCGGCCAUGGUUUUAUUUUCAGUCCUCAUGAAUUACAUUCUAUAUACGAAGCCAAAGCUGUUCGUACUGUCGGCGUUGGCGAUGAAUUCAGCAGGAACGAUGAUCUAUUCGAUGUAUCUAAGCCAAAACACAACAUUUGACACACCCGCUCACCGAAUGGGAAAAAAUCUAACUUCGCUAGCGGUUGCGGUUGCGAUCGUUACCUUUUUGCAGUUGUUUGUGCUGAGGAAUCCAGCCCGGCGAACAUUGAGAAAGGCAAUGGCAAAGGUGAUGAAGGCCAACACAGCAUAUAUGGUCAUUUUACAAGCAUAUGUAUCAUCAACCAUCCCAAUCGAUCCUAACCACCGGCCAUCACCAGAAGCGAUCCAGAGGGUUGCGAAAGAUCUGAUGAAGCGAGAGGCUCAGAUACAAGAUGGCAUCACCGCAUUGAUGCCAUUGAUGAAGUUUUCAGGUGUUGAGCCAUCGCUGGGGAAACCGUUCAACGCAGCUGAAUAUCUGAAAAUUGCCAGAGCUAACCAACUGAUUCUAGACCGCAACCGUGAUGCUCGGAUCGCGAUUGGAACCACGCCACUACCAAGAAUGAUUUUAACUGAGUUCGUAGAAAAGCUGGCGCCUUACCGAGGUCCAACGUUGUCACGCAUCAAGACCUCGUUCUACCUCUGCACCUCUACACUUCAGUCAAAGUUUCCGUUACCAGAGACAGUCAACUCAACAGGCAAUCAGACAUUUGGGAAGGAGAUCUUUCACGAUGCUUUGGUUUUGGCCUGUCGAUUGGCGGCUUCAUCCGAAGGCCUACAGCUGAUUAAAAGCAAAGAAUGGACCCGGUAUUGGCUCUACCUAUCAAGCAUCAAUAGCACUCCUUAUCAACUGGAAUCAAUCCAAGACUCAACAAAAAAGCUCUUCGGGAAACUUGAGGACGAGACGUUUAGGUAGUAUCCUAAAAAAGUUUCAAAGAUCCCUCGCUGUUUCCUUUCCUCAAUUUCCCGUUAGUUGGAUUGUUUCUGUUUAAUGGGAUGACAGGAAAAUGACAGUACAUGAACAUUAUGUUUUCAAUAUGAGUGAUGCAUGGGCACAUUGACUUUCUUUUCCUGUGCAAACUUCUCAAGCUGGC